AUGAUCUCCCACAAACUCUGCUGCUGCGUCUCCAUUCUCGUCGCCCCCUUCCUUGCACAGCUCGCCUCCGGCGACGUGCUGUGGCAAGAAUGCGACAACAGCCGGAACUACACGGCGAACAGCGGCUUCCAAUCAAACCUAAAGCAGCUCUCCACCACCCUCCCCACUGAAUCCUCCUCAUCUCCCACCCUCUUCGCUACCGCCGCCGUAGGUGCCAUCCCGGACACCGCGUACGCGCUCUCGCUCUGCCGUGGCGACACCACCAACGCCUCCGCCUGCGGCGACUGCGUCGCCAACGCCUUCCGGGACGCGCAGCAGGUGUGCUCGUACAACAUGGACGUGACCAUCUACUACGACCCCUGCUACCUCCGCUUCUCCAACCAGAACUUCCUGACUUCCAUCGACAACACCAAACGGCACAUCAUGCCCAAUGGCGAGAACGUGACGUCGCCGGCCGCAACGUUCGACGCCGCCGUGGGUGUUCUCCUUGCUGCUGUCGCGGACUACGCAGCGUUGAACUCAUCCAGGCGGUUUGGCACAGGGGUAGAGGACCUCGACGUGAGCACCCCGAGAAUCUAUGCGAUGGCGCAGUGCACGCCGGACAUGGCACCGGCCGAUUGCCGGAGCUGCCUGGAGGGAAUAGUAAGUGUGAUGCCGAAGCACUUCAGCAGGCGGCAGGGAGGAAGGAUCCUGGGUUUACGGUGCAACUACAGGUUUGAGCUAUAUCCUCCAUUCUCGGACAGUCCGCUUCUACACCUCCCAGCACCGGCCUCGGGCGUGACACCCUCGGUAGAUGGAGAUGGAGGAGGGAGAAGAAAUAAACCAAGUACCAUCCUACUGGCCCUAGCAGUUGCACUGGCCGUUGUUUCUGCAGCAUUGACUUUCACUAUAGUUUGCUUUUGUGUAAGGAGAAGGAGAAGACAACAAGAAUUACCGUCACAUUCGACAGAUUCUGGAAACUGGGAAAGCGUUCCAAACAUCAAUUUACCCAUGCUAGAUUUGUCAGCACUGGAAGUUGCAACAGAGAACUUUUCAGAAGGAAAUAAGCUUGGUGAAGGAGGGUUUGGUGCCGUUUACAAGGGAUCCCUUGCUGAUGGCCAAGAGAUAGCAGUGAAGAGACUCUCACAAGGUUCAGCACAAGGAAUAGCAGAGCUAAAAACUGAGCUGGUAUUGGUUGCUAAGCUUCAGCACAAAAACCUUGUGAGGCUUAUCGGCGUUUGUUUGGAAGAACACGAGAAGCUCGUUAUCUACGAAUACAUGCCCAAUAGAAGCCUUGACACGAUCCUCUUUGAUCCUGAGAGGAGCAAGCAUCUUGAUUGGGGGAAGAGGUUCAAGAUAAUAAAUGGGAUUGCCAGAGGUUUGCAAUACGUUCAUGAAGAUUCUCAGUUGAAAAUAAUCCACAGAGACCUCAAAGCAAGCAAUGUUCUGUUAGACUCAGAUUUGAAUCCAAAGAUUUCAGACUUCGGUUUGGCGAGGUUGUUUGAAGGGGAUCAAUCAAAGGAUGUCACAAACAGAGUUGUUGGGACGUUCGGAUACAUGGCACCUGAAUAUGUUGUUCGCGGGCACUAUUCGACAAAAUCAGACGUGUUCAGCUUCGGAAUUCUGGUUUUAGAGAUCAUAACAGGAAGAAGAAACUGUGGAUCUUACAACUCCGAGCAAUCCGUUGACCUCUUAAGUCUUAUAUGGGAACACUGGACCAGCGGAACGAUCUUGGAGAUAGCUGACCCGUCCCUUGCAAGCAGAAGCAGUGUUCCCGAAGAGGAGAUACUCACGUACGUGCACAUCGGACUGAUGUGCGUUCAGGAGAGCCCUGCGGACAGGCCUACGAUGUCACGGGCGAAUGCGAUCCUUAACAGCGACACCGUCUCGCUUCAGGCCCCGUCCAAGCCGGCUUUCUGCAUCCGGGCAUGUACCGCCGGGCCGGAACCACGACACGGCGCCUCGCAAGGCCGUGGCAGGCCGGCGGUGGUUUCACCAAACGAGGUUUCGCUCACGGAGCUUGUACCGAGAUAAGACAUGUUGCUCUCAAAUC